UCGUCCAAGUGGUGUGGCCGACGCUCGUGCUCACGACGCGUGCGCUGCCGCCACCGACCCUCGAUCUGCUUGCAAGCAGCCUGUCGCUGGGCCCACGCAUCGACUGGGACUGCGGCAUCAUCGGCCGGGCCCAAAUGGACCUCAUCGCGACGCACUUUGUGCCGUAUCUGCGCAGCGUCUACUUGCACAUCAACGCGCCCGUGCUCGCCGGCGACAACGGUCCGUUCUUCUGCGCUCUAUUGCUGUCGUGCCCGCGACUCGAGAAGCUAGAUUUGCGCUACGACUGCGAAGACACGGACCCGCGCAUGACGGCCGCGACCUCACUCUUCCAAGUACUUGAGCAUCCUCGGCUACGCAGCUUUAGCCUCGUCCUGCCCCCCAGCGACUUUCCGUUCGAAGUCGACGCGCGCCUCGGGCACGGCCUCGCGGCGUUUUUGCGCAAUGGCCGAGCAUGCGACCUUGUGCUCAAGAACCUCUUUCUUGACACGGCCGACGACCCGGAUUUGGAUCUUUCGCGGGCUCUCGAAGCCUGCACAUCGCUGCAGCACCUCACACUCUACAACGUGGUGGUCGUACCUGAUGACAACCUCUGGGCGCAUCUCCCGCCGUCGCUUUGCACGCUCAAGGUGUACGACAAUACGGGCGAAGACGACGUUAUCGACGGCCUCGUUGUGUCGCUGCCCCGAAUGCGCAACCUUGCCGAGCUCAAGCUGGAAGUUGACUUUGCGACGCAGUGCCCGAGCGUGCUCGCCCCCAUUGUCCGAACUUUGACGCAGCUCAAGACCGUCAAUCUCUCGGGUUGCACGCUGCCAAACACGACCGACUGGGCAUGA